AUGGGCUCCGUCGUUAUUCCUCAUCUGGUCACAGCAUGGCAUGUCGACCAGGCUAUCCUCUCCGAAGACGCACGCCUGGUCGUUAUUCGCUUCGGUCGUGAUCAUGAUCCUGACUGCAUGCGUCAAGAUGAAGUCCUCUACAAAAUCGCCGAUCGCGUCAAGAACUUUGCCGUCAUCUAUGUCUGUGAUCUCGAUCAAGUUCCGGACUUCAAACAGAUGUACGAACUCUACGAUCCCGUCACCCUUAUGUUCUUCUUCCGCAACAAACACAUGAUGUGCGAUUUUGGUACUGGUAACAACAACAAAUUGAACUGGGUGUUGGAAGAUAAGCAGGAACUCAUCGAUAUCAUCGAAACCAUCUAUAAAGGUGCAAAGAAGGGACGUGGUCUUGUUGUUUCACCCAAGGACUACUCGACUCGAUAUCGCUACUAA